AUGACUAACGUGUGUGUGUUGGCAGGUGUGGUGAUUCCCCGAAACUUCCGGCUGUUGGAGGAGUUGGAGCAAGGUCAGAAGGGGGUGGGCGACGGCACCAUCUCCUGGGGCCUCGAGGACGACUCGGACAUGACUUUGUCUCACUGGACAGGGAUGAUCAUCGGACCGCCAAGGACGCCCUACGAGAACCGGAUCUAUAGUCUUAAGGUUGAAUGCGGUCACAACUAUCCCGACGACCCGCCAAACGUGAGGUUUAUUUCCAAGAUUAAGAUGACCGGAAUCAAUGAGACCACAGGAAUGGUGGACAGACGUACUCUACCGGUGCUGUCGCGUUGGCAGCGGAACUACUCGAUUAAGACUGUUUUACAAGAGCUGAGACGUGCGAUGACUCUCAAAGAAAACAUGAAAUUAAGUCAACCCCCAGAGGGGACCGCCUUUUAAUGUAAUCAAUGUAUUUAAUAACUAAUUUUAUAGUCAUCUCUUGUUUAGACAUCAAAUGAACGGAUAAUUAAUUAAUUGAUUGUAAUAUUAUAUUAAAUCCAUUCCUAUUGAAACUCAAUUUAAAACAGAUUAUAUGAAAAGCAAAAUUUUUAAUGACAUUCAAAUUACUGAUAAUAAGGCGAUAUAUUAAGGCAUUUGUGACUAAACACUGAAAACGCGAUUCUAUCCUUUAUUGUGAACUUAAAAAACUCAAUAAUUAUUUGUUUCAUACGAUUAGAUACGAUAAGUGAAUUGAAAUUAAUGUGAAUUGAAUUAUGAACUUAAUUUCAAUACAAUUUUAAUUUUUCAUAAAAUGAUGAAUAAUGUGUUGAAUUGAUGUACAGCUUCUUAAAAUAGUCUUCACAUAAGAAAUGACACGAAAAACAAGCAAAUUAUUGAAUUUUUGUAUGAAUUUUAUUUUAAGACAAGAAAUGACGAAAAAAUGAAAUAACAAAUUAUCUGAAAACAAAUUAAUUUAUAAUUUAAUACGUUUUUACUAUUGAAUAGAGAAAUGAAUACCGUUUUAACAAAAUCUAUUUAUCAUUAUUUUGUAUUAGAAUUUCAUUUUUUCCAAUUUAUUCGGCCG